UUGCCACUUGCCAUUUUCAGACAACACCAACGAAGCCCACGUUUCCAAAUCUUCUGUUCUAUUGUAUUCUCUGACAGACAACAAACAUACCCAAAGAAACCAAAAUUAAGGUAAAGAGAAGAGAGGAGAAGCUAGAAAGUCUCUCCUUUUCAUGAGGCUUUACAAAUUUUAACAUCCCUUUCCCUUGCAAAUUUCUUUCACCAAAGCAAACGACUGUUAAUGUUACUUUAUCCCCAUUAAAGUCAAAUCAUUUAAGAAAAACCAUAGCUGGCAUUUCCCUUCUCUAUUAGCUUCAAGUUCAAUUCCUUUUAUUUGGUGGUGGCAUCGAUCACCCUGGGAAAACAAGGGUGAAAUGAAGUUCUGGACAUGAAGAUACAGAGGGGGAGUUUCUUAGAAAGAUGGAAGGGCAAGUGCCUGGAGCAAUGGGGUCAAGUGGUAGCCUGGCUUUGAGAUUUGGGCAGACCUGUUUCUCUUGUGCUUCACUUCUCUUAAUGUGUUUGGAUGUUGAAUUUUACAGCUAUACUACUUUCUGCUUCUUGGUAACAGUUAUGGGCUUGGUAAUUCCAUGGAGCUUGGUUUUGGUACUGGCGGAUGCUUAUUCUGUCUUUGUUAAAAGUUUAGAUCUUCAAAGAAGGAAUCUGCUAAUGAUCAUCAUUGGAGAUUUGGUUUUAUCAUUUCUAUCACUAGCAGCAGCCUGUUCAACAGCUAGUGUUGCAGAUCUUCUGCUUGAUGUUGGUAAAUCAUUUUGCCCAGAAAAGUUAUGUAGUAGAUAUCAGUUAUCCGCCGCUAUGGCUUUCUUGUCUUGGUUUCUCUCAUUUUCUUCGUCACUCUUUAAUCUUUGGCUUCUUCCAGCCUUGUAAUACUUCAUUUUUCAUAUCCAUGCAUAAAAAUCAGAUGAGCAAAUAUUGUCGAACUCUUGUUACCCAAAGUUAAUGCUUGUACAGUCAUAGCCUUGCACAUUUCCAGCUUGUGUCAAGUUAUGCAAUUGAUUUCCCUGAUUUUAAUGAAAUACACAGCCAAAUUAUUAUGCA